CUCCCGAAGCUGCCACACUUCCAACGAACCCAGUGGCUAAAACUAAGCUUUUUAACAAAGAUUGCAGCGUGUUGGAACUGUUUGACAGCAGUGACAUUUGUUUUAAAACACCUCUCCCUGGGACAGUCAUGACUCACGUCAGAAACAAGGCCGCUCUGACUGGUGUGUUUGCAUUGUGUUGCUUCGUCAUAUUCCUGGUCUUGUUUUUGCAAGGUGUGUUUCGGAAAAUUGUAGAAAACCGCAUCAAAGAGCACACAGAGCUGAAGCUGAACAGCGAGGUGUACAAAAAUUGGAAAGAUCCUCCAGUCCCUGCUUACCUACAGUUCUACUUCUUCAAUGUGGAAAACAAACAGGAAAUCUUACAGGGAGGGAGAGCCACCGUGAGACAACUUGGGCCGUACACAUACAAGGAGUUCCGACAUCGUGCUAACGUGUCGUUGUUCAGCAAUUCCACAAUAUCAGCCUCAACUCGGAGAAGCUUUGUCUUCGAGCCAACAAUGUCAGUGGGUGAUCCGAGGAAAGACAUUGUCACAACAAUUAAUAUCCCAUUUGCUACUCUGUUGCAAAUGCUGAAGCGCAGUGGGAUCACCCAGAAAAUCCUUGCGGCUGCGUUAUUUACCUUGAAGAGGAAUGCGCUCUUCCAGAGCCGGACUGUGGAGGAGUGGCUUUGGGGUUAUGAGCAUCCUCUGCUGAAGUUCGGUCAUAAAGUGUUACCGAGUGUUUUCCCAGGCAGCCAGUUUGGACUUUUCUACGGAAUUAAUGGGACAGACGAUGGAGAAUAUUUAUUCAAUACUGGCAAAGAUGACUAUAUGAAAUUCACUGAAGUAAUGAUGUGGAAUGGACAGGAGUAA